GUUUCCUUUGAGCUCACUUCCGCUCUUCUCCUUCCUACAUCCUGCUAUGGAGCUCUGACAGAUCGGCGUUGAAACGUUCCUGCGCUCAAGUACGUCUAAAAUCUUCAAACGAGGAGCGACUGAAGAAGCUAACGUUAGUAACAUUUUAGUCAAGAUGCCCGUGGCUGUCGCACCUUACGGUCAGGGCCAGGCCCAGCCCAGCUGUUUCGACCGGGUCAAGAUGGGCUUCAUGAUGGGCUUUGCUGUGGGCAUGGCUGCCGGGGCCAUGUUCGGUACUUUCUCCUGUCUCAGAAUUGGUAUGCGAGGCCGGGAGCUGAUUGGAGGAGUGGGCAAGACCAUGAUGCAGAGCGGGGGCACGUUCGGCACCUUCAUGUCUAUUGGGAUGGGCAUCCGCUGCUGAGGACGACGACUCGGCUCUGCCGUGCAAUCCAACAACACUUCUGGGACUUUUGCAACGGCGGCCGCAUUUUGGUCCGCUCGACCUUGUCAUUGCUUCCAUUAAAAACUAACUAAACAUG